GGAUCGAGGUUGCAAAUCCAAGAAUCCCCGGCCGGAAUGUCGCCGCAGAGGGUGGCUGGAAGGAAGCGCAAAGGCGCCUCCUUGGCACCGCUCGCUCCCAGCAAGCGCCCGGCGCGGGCAAGCGAUGGCUGGGCAUCCCUGCCCACCGACAUUGUCGAUCUCGUCCUCCGCCGGAUCCUAGCCGGCGGCGACGACAUUGUGGACUACAUCGCCUUCCGCGGCGUGUGCUUCAACUGGCGCGCCUGCACUCCCUCGCCGCGCGACCCCACUCUAAGGGACCCGCGCCUCCGGCCGCGCGGCUGGGUGGCGCUGUGCGACGGCGACGCGGUCCGCCCGGACGACGCCUGCGAGAUCCCCUUCUUCAACACGCGCACGGCUAGGCGCAUCCGCGUCCACCUGCCGGAGCUCCGGCGCCACAGGAUCGUGGGCUUCUCCGACGGCCUGGUCAUCCUCCUCCACCUGAGCACCACCGCGGUCCGCAUGCUCCACCCCUUCACGCGCGUCGUCGUCGAUCUCCCGCCCCUCGCCCGCGUGUUCCGCGGGUGGUUCGGGCGAUGGAAGGAACACGGGCUGGAUAUGAGGGCCGUGGUAUGCGGCGCGAACUCGGCGAACUCCAUCGCCGUGGUGGUGAGGUUCCCGUGGAAGGUGUUCGCGGCGGAGCCAGAUGAUACAGACUGGAAGUUGAUCAAUCGAAACUAG